AGACUGUGAUAAAACAUACGCUUAUAAACUUAUUCUAUUUAUUCAGAUUGCUCGCUCAGUUUAAAUUAUUGUAACCUUGGAAGAGCGAUUCAUUGCUUGGGUGUUAUUUUCUCAUUGAUAUAGGCCUGAGAAAGCAAUGGUAAAAUAAGAUACGUGGUGUUAGUUUUCUUCCGAAAAGUAAAAAAAUAAAAAUACACACCAUGGGUGCCAAAUAACGGACCAGAUUUUUUAAUUUAUUUGUAAAAAGUUUUAGGUCACAUGCAGAAGGAGAAGUGUCAAAAUGCUGAAGAGAAGUGUCAAAAUACAGAAGAGAACAAUUUGAGUCAUAGAAGGGAAGUGUUUUUAUAUUAGAGGAGAAUAAACCAUAGGGGCUAUCUAUCAAGUUUCAACGUUUAGCAAAUAUAUGUGUAUAUAUAUAUAUAAUUAGCUUUUUUUGUGUGUGAGAAGCAUUUGGAACGAGUUUGCUUUGAUUGUUUUUCAUAUUUCUUUGAUAGCUAUACAUUUUGGGCCAUUAUCAUUCUUUUGGCACAAAAAAGGUCAUUUGGCUUGGUUUUUGACCAAUAGGAUUAUUUUGGGUCAAACAAACACUGGUCAAAUGUUCUUGAAGCAUUAUUCUUUACAAGCCACAUAAAAAUUCAGUUUAUUAAAAUAUGACAGAUGCACGUAGCGAAGCGAGAAAACGUAAAAUUUUGCAAAAUGCACAAAAGAGGUUAGAAAAGCUGGAAAGUUUAAAAAGAAAAAGUAAGGAAGAAGAAAAAGAUGAUAGUACAACAUCAAUUGAUGUAGAAAUUUGUAAAGUGGAUGAGAAAGAAGUUGAUGUUAAUGAUGAUGGUGUUAUAAAGGAUGAUACUAAAAAAUUGGAGGAAAACACUGUUGAGGAAGACAGUGACAAUGCUAAAUUUAAGGAAUACUUAGAUGUUGACACCAAGGAUGCAACUACGCAGGAAAAACCCAAUGUUAUAGGUGCUGAGCCAAAUAAUGAAGUUGACUUAGAAGCUCAAAAGCCAAGUUGGUUUAUGAGGAAAUAUCGUCAGAUUUUAUUCGCGUUAUUGGCAUGGGUUGUUUAUCUUGUUGUGGUCAAGGAUUUCGAUUUUGUUCUAGCGUACAUAAUAGGUCAGCAAUUACCCAAAUCUGUUUUACCAAAAUUAUUCCUGACAGCAUUUGUGGCAGUGGAAUUGCAAGUUUUAAUUGCAGAUUUUUUCUUUGGAAAAACACAACCGCAUUCUUCAUCAACUGUAAUAAUAGCGUUAAAAUUAUGUGGAGUACCGAAUAGCUUUAUUAAUUUUGCUAGAAAAAUGUUAUCAUGUUUUGCAAACAUUCUGACUGAUUUUUGUACCUAUCUAUUUGUGAUCAUUUUAGUGAAAUGUAUUGAUGACUCUUUAUGAAUAUAUUUAUUAUUUAUAUAUAUAA